AUGCAUUUAGAAGUAUUGGCGUCAACAAGAGCACCGUAUUUCAUCAAGGAGCCCACAGACACGUAUGUACAGCGGGGUAAGUCCGCUGUAUUGGACUGUCUAGUAGGCGGAAGCCUCAAGGCCGCUAUAACAUGGAGGAAAAAUGGUAUUGCACUGCGGGAUUUAUCGCAAGAUGACCGAAGAAUGAUAAAGCCGGACGGAUCUUUGUAUUUUUCCAAAGUUAAUCAUGACACGGCUGAAAAUUCAGACGAAGGAGCCUACCAGUGCGAGGCGUUAACGCGUAAUGACAUGAAUCUGGAUUUUCAGAUUUUGAGCAGAACGGCUCGUCUCCUCGUUGCUGGUAAGCCAAGCCUCCGUUAUCAAAUUUAAAAGGAACUCGUCUCCGCCAUGGCAUUACUUACAGCCUUAUUUAUACAGAACUUUGGUGAUAAAUAUCAAACAGGUAAUCUAGCAUUCGUAGUGAGUCAAACUUUAGGGAAACUUGAAGGCGAACUAGCGAGGAGUUUGUGGAGUACCGCCAUUUCGGAUGGUGUACUAUCGUCGCUCCUACUGUGCCUGUGGAUAAUGUCACCAAAGAACACUUCAGAGAUAAGUUGUGAAAAAACUCUAGCCAUGAGGUAAAUUUGCCUCCAGCUAAUAAAUUGACCGAGAACCUCGUUAGUUGAGUUUUCUGAAUCAAAACUAACACAUAACACAACUAAAGAAAGAAACAGGACCAAAAAGAAUUGUAAAAAAAAUAACAUUAAGUGGCAUAUACUUUUGAUCAACAGAAAUUUCAUCCAAGGUGACUGUUGCUCCAUCCAAGUUAAAAGUUUUAUUUGGAGACACAUCAAGAUUUUAUUGCUACGUGAACGAUUCAACACCAAAAGCUGUUGUUAGGUGGAGAAAACUUGGAGAAAAUCACUUCAUUGAGUCUAAAGGACGUUUCACCAUAACUUUUGAUGGAGCCUUACAGAUCGCCGAGAGCAGAUUUGAUGACCAAGGAGACUAUGAAUGUACUGCAGAAAAUACUGUGACUGAAACAAGCCACACGAGCACUCUCACAGCGUCGCUUGAAGUCAUAACAGGUAGGACAUAUAAGAUAUGAUAAGGGUAUGUAUAGUAGGGACGUCAUCGUUUAUCAUUUCUAACUCUAGUGUGCCAUAAUUUGGCUCGAAAAAUUAGUAGUUCAUCAGCCCACUCGUAAGCAGGUCUCAAAAGGAGUAGGUAUUUGUGAACUACUUUUCAAGUAACCCAGAACAAGGCUCUCCUUGUGUAUGAGGAAAGAGACUUAAUGUCGCAUCCUGCUGCUAGAUAACACACUGAUGCCUUGUCAAGUCAGUUUGUCACACAGCUGAAACUCGAUCUCUUUUGUUUUCGUAUCCUGGUUGGGUGCGUCACUACGAUAAUGGAUGACUAUGCAUUCUAUUCUUUCUGUGCAUAGAUGGUGGGUUUCCUCGCGGUCCAUAUGUGUCCGUCGCGUCUGUCGAGAGAAAAGACAUCGCUGGUGAUAUUGUCAUACUCGAUUGCAUUGCAAAUGGAUUUCCGAAACCAAAAGUCACAUGGCUAUUCGAUGGGUUACCUGUAGUGCUCGGAAGUGGUUAUUCUGUUGUUGGGCAGAACAACCUUAUGAUUGAAUCAGUAACUGAGGAACACGCGGGAACAUACACCUGUCGUGCAAUUUCACGAAACGGCAUCGGAGAAGCUACAACUAAGCUAGAAGUACAUCGUAAGUAAUAUCUUCCAACAGGUUAUUUCAAAUGCAUCUCCAGAUGUAGGGGAACAUAAAUCAUUUUUCAGAAUGGUGAUUUUUGGGCAAACGUCGCCCUAGCUCAAAAUGGCGCCUUAUCUGAGUUGUAAAUAAAAUAAUAACGCCUAUUGCAGGUGUUCAGUUAAUGAACGUGGCGCAAUGUUUUUGUAGAGUGGAAAAAAAGGCGAAAGUUUACGUGACUCGUUCAAAGCGUUCCUCCUUUCCUUGCGCUGCACUUGUAUCGUGCGCCUGUUUAUCGACUGGAACAAACUCUGAUAAACGGCGCCGGGCUUAGAAGAGUAAACACGGUAGAUAAUAAAAGUUUUGUUUUGCUCCACAGAUCCUCCUUUAUUCAUCAAGAAACCAAAUAAUGUCCAUGCUUACGUCGAUUCCAAUGCAUUGUUUGAAUGCUUUGCUGACGGAAUACCCAAACCAGUUAUCACAUGGAGCCGAAAUGGGGACGUGAUUGAGGAAUCUCUUUACAACGUCAUCGGAGAUGGAUACUUGCUAGUCAAGAGGCUUGUGUUGUCAGACAUGGGACCCUAUCAGUGCUUUGCAGAAAACCACUUGGGAAAAAUUCAGGCCACAGCAGAACUCAAUGUUUACAUGAAAGGUAUGGACUAACAAGUCUAUAUUUUAUCUCAGAUCUUAAUGUUAGAAUUGGCAAUUUCUGUCAGAUGACUAUCUUUAAGAACUUAUUCAUGUAACUUUUUUAAAUCCUUGUCACAUAGGUCAGCCGCUUCCAUCAUUACAAACCACAACUGCUCCGAAUACAGAGAGAACAGAGAAACCCAUAUCAGCAUCUAUUUCAGAUACCAAGACAGCGCAGAAUACCGCAUCGGCAUCGUACACCACAGUUGAGCCAGAGACGACAGUAGCCUCAGAGAGCUCAACGAAUUCAAGUGUGACAACAACUUCAGUGGCAACAGUAGUCCCAGUUACCGAGUCAAUCUCAGAUAUUUCAACAGCCCAGGUUACUUCUGCAGCACCAGAUUCUACUCCAGCUACAGAUAGUACAGUUGACGUGCACAGCUCAGCUGUGUCAGAUUCUACAGUGACCUCAGAUACUACAAAAUUUUCAGUUAUGACAGAUGCGUUACAAGGAUCAUCGGCAGUGCCAUAUACCCCGUCUUCCAUGUCAACCAUUGCAAGUUUUGGAACAAGCCCAUUUUCCGUGAAGACAGCAACAAAUAAGAUUGCGACAAAUCAAGACACAACAUCAAUUCCAAACUCGAAAGCAUCCUCAGCUGAACCCAAGACCUUACCUUCAAUGGAGACCCUGGAUACUACAGUAGCAAAACCAGAUCUCAUUACACUAAUCCAUGGUACCUCUGGAACCCCGGCUUCCACGACAGUUGCGGAUUCCAUACCAGAGACCACAGAUGCCACAAAACAUCCGUAUUCUACAGCCGCGAAAGAUACUGCAUCAACAGUAGAAGCCACAAAUACUGAGACUGUGACUGUGGCAAACCAAUUUACCACAGCAAUACGAGAAGUCAUAACAACAUCGGACACUACGGAACUUCCGCACACCCCAACUCGAGAAAUCACUGCUUUCCCAAAGGCAACCUCAGACUUUACAACGGAACCAGAUCCAGACGUUACAGCUCCUCCGGUUAUAACAACAACACCAGAUGUCCAGCACCGAGGUUUGAAAUGUAAAUUUCUUUGAUGAUCUUUCUCACAAGUUUGCCAACCGCGGCAAGCAGCGUGAGAUUAGAAAAAGAAAAACGGGGACACCUCUAAGUUGUCAUGGAGAGAGUGUUGCAAAAUUCGUUUUUAAACAUCUAUAUUUCUUUUCAGUAAAACCUCAUUUAAAUACCUUUAGGGAACAUAGUGAUCGAUGAAAAGCUAUUAAGAAGUGGAAUUAAAAAAAAAAGGGUUGUCAAAAACAAAACUAUAUGUAUUUAAUUGUGGUCGUUUCUGUUUUGGACCAAUGAAAAAUAACUCGCAUGAAAACAAAUUCGUGUAAUGAUUAUUAGCAGAAAGUACAAUAAAUAAUUACUCUAACAUUUCAACAGAUGAACUGCAACCUAUUGUCAAAGAAAAAACCGUAAGAGAAGGCUCGAUAAAAGUCAUCAAAUGCAUAGCAACAGCAAUCCACAAACCUGACGUAGACUGGUACAGAAAUGGCAAGAAGUUGCCCACAGUGAAGUGUUCCGAGUUAAAUGACGUCAGAUGCCAGGGAAUUCCGUAUGAAGUUUAUGAAGAAAUUAAAGAACACAAGUUUGGAGGAAAGAGCGCUAGGACUAUAAAAGUUCUUAAAAUACGAAGUGCAUUAUACUCGAGAGAUCAAGGAGAAUUUGAAUGUAUUGCAACAAACGGUCACGCCCAACCUGCAAAAUUAAUCAUUGAUCUGAACGUCCUAGGUAUGUAUAAACUGAGAGCAGUAUUUAACUUUUGUAUUCGUACUCAAAAUUUUGUUACCUGACACCCAGGUCUUUGACUCAAUGAUCUGGAGGGUUGGCAAAAAUCAUGUUUGUUUUAUGUGCACACGUUUAUUUCUUCAUUGCACAUUUUUUUUGGUUUGACAAUGUUGAUGCAAAUGCAAUUUCUACCAUAGUCCCCAUCGGAGAAUUUUGCUAUCCUUUACCCUUAUACCUGCAUCAAGGUAAGUCUUUAAUCUUCUAAAACUAAACCAAUGCAGGUUAAUUAUCUUCUUCAGCUCCCCCCCGAUUAAUACAAAAGCCCGACAAGGUGCUCAGUAGUAGCGGCAAAGGGUCGAAAGUGUCUUGUGUGGUGAACAAAGGCAAUCCUCUGCCAACAUUCAAGUGGGAAUACCAAAACACGGAUUGUUUCACUUUCAACACGAGCUCUUGUGACCCAGUUGAAAGUCAGUGGAUGCCCGUCCCUGAGAGUCUAAUAAUGACUCCUCCAAACACACCGACAAAGAAGAGUGUGGUAAACGUUCAAGGUAAUCAGCCAACUGCGAGCUUCAGGUGUCUGGCGUCUAACAAACUAGGAAGGGAUUUUCAUGUCAUCAAACUUGUUCGAAGUGGUAAGAAAUUUGUCUUUUCAUAUGAUCCUUAAUUCUGAGAAAGUUACUCAAAAUUCAUCAGAAUUCUUUUUAUAUUUGCUGAUAUACUUCACUUGUUUUUCUUGACAGUACCCUUGGCUUUUGUUAAGAAACCACAGAAUAUCUUAAAGGGAUACCUGGGCCAAAAGAUACUUAUAAACUGCUCCACCAAUGACCAAGAUGCUACAGUGUCCCUUCUUUACAGGCGCCAUCCAUUUGUGGCCUUUGUCGAACUAAAGCUGGAAGAAAAAAAACUUUUAAAGAAAGGACAGGCAUUCGAACUUCUCAAUGUCGGUUUAAGAGAUUCUGGAUUCUACGCAUGCGAGGCAAAAAAUGAAGCAAAUGACAAGAUUCGGUGGCCACCGGGUACAGGAUAUUUAAUUCUUAAUGAAGGUGAAGUAAACUUAAUUUUUUUGUUCUUGAUACUAAAGGAAAUUUGAUUACAAUAAUUUACGAGACUGCAAAGACGAGUUAAUUGACCUUUAAUUGUUAAUUGACCUUUAAUUGUUAAUUGACCAAGGAGUGUAAGAAGUAAGUCCACGCGAUGGAAUGUGUGUUUGCGAUGCAGACAUGUGCAUGUUAGAGGGUUAGAGACAGACGAUUAGUCCCUGUCUCUGUGCAAAUUUAGGCGUCUCACAUGCCAGCAUGAGCAGAAGAUAAGAAGGACCUACAAUUGUAACUCCUCUAAUUGUAAAACAAUCUAUAACAAAUUUACACGUGUCUCAGAUAAAAAAUAUUUUCUUGGCAGCUUUUAAGGGCAAUAAAUGGGUAAUAUAAUCGUAUUAGAUGCCAGCAAAACCACCAUUGAUAGCUCCAGCUUCAGUUUUGAUUGCCAGUGAUAAUCCGUUGUAACUUUCCAAUUUCUGUGUGUGUCUUGGUUUUUCCAACAGAACCGCUAGAGUUUCUAAACCAGCCACCGGUUAUCAUACGAGGAUAUCUGGGCCAGAAUUUAGUCAUUAACUGUUCUACAAAUGAUCAGGAGGCAACAGUAUCUCUCCUAUACAAACAUCAUCCGCUUGCUUCCUUCCAUGAGCUGGACCUUAAACAAAACAAACUAUCGAGGAAAGGAAAGGUUUUUACUUUACUAAAUGUUGAACGCAGAGAUGCUGGAAUAUAUUCCUGCCAGGCGAAUAAUCGGGGUGGUUGGAACAUUCGAUGGCCACCUGGUAGAGGAUAUUUGAUUCCUAUUCGAGGUAAGGUAAUUUACAAGAUUCAAGCCAAUUUAUUUAGGAUUAAACAUAACCUCAGCUUUCCGAUGACUUUUUUCCUUCCAUGAUAAGGUUCGAUAAUCGUAACAAGCGUUACGGUUACAAUGGUAAUGUUGUUUUGGUCCCAUAGUUUGUCUUUAAUGCACCUCAGUUGUAUGAGAUUACAAAGCCACCGCAAAGCCUGAACCAUCAACGGGACAGCCUACUUACACUUAUCAUUUGAAAUUUGCAAGGGCUUUUCCUUUAUUUUUACAAGCAUGGACCUUUAAUAUUAAUUUAUUUAUUCUGGCAGGUGGAUCGCCAAAUCACUUUGUUUUGAGGCCUGAAACACCACUAAAUGUACAACAAGAGCAGCAUGAAUUUUUCGAGGGCUUUCCCUUACUCUUACAAGUAUAGACCAUUGAUAUUUAUUAAUUUAUUUUGGCAGGUGGAUUACCAAAUCAUUUCGUUUUGAGGCCUAAAACACCGCUCACUGUACGACAAGAGCAGCAAAUAACUAUUACCUGUGAAUCAGAAGGUAUCUCAGAGACCAAACUACACUGGAUGAAACAAACCAAAAAAGGAGAUGUUUCUGUCCCAAGUAACCGUGUCACUGUUGAUAAGGACAGAUCCACAAAUAAAGUUAGAGCCUUCCUUAAGAUUUCAAAUGUUCAGGCAGAAGAUGCUGGUGUUUACAAAUGCGUGUUAAGGGUCUUUGACAAGACAGAUCACAAGAUGAUUUCAUUGUAUGUUAGAGGUAAUUCAAGUAAAACUUAUGCUGUAAUCACGGAAAAUGUAAAUGUGGAGAUCUCUUCGACCACUGAUGAAGGCAAGGAUUUUGUAGUCGAGUCCCAAACCACCAUCGAAAUAUUAAACAGAUGCUUGAGCCAGUCCCUUUUGCUCUACAGGUUUCAGAUCUUCAGAUAGUCAUAUCGUUUUGGUUGCUUGCAUGGUGCAUACACGAUUGAGUUCGUUUUAUUAUAACUGCCUAUGAGGAAGGCCAAUAAGCAAUCUUUUCUCAUGGCCACCUCAAGGAAGGUAACGGUUUACGAGCUUACUUUUGUCCAAAAAGCUUUUCAGUUGCAUACCACUUACAAAUCAAUUUUUGUUUAUUGUCAACUUUUUCGCAGAACCAUUAUCUUUCCUCGUUAAACCAGACGUGAUUUUGCACGGAUACCAGGCCCAUAGUUUGACAUUAAACUGUUCCACUAACGACCGCAAUGCUACAGUAUCACUCUAUCACAGACACCAUCCCCUGGCACCUUUCAGGGAGCGAAAAAUCGACGCAAAGAAGGUUUUGUUAAAGGGUCAAGUAUUUACACUUCUAAAUUUAAGUCUAAAAGAUCAGGGAACAUACGCUUGUGAGGCCAAAACUGAGGAGAAUGAGAGCAUACGCUGGCCAUCUACAAGAGGUUACUUAAUCGUGAACCAAGGUAAAGAGAAUUUGUAGAAUCUUUGCACUUGUUUUUGUUCAGCGGUACAGAUUUGUUUACAAAUUUUGAUUUUUUUUUAAAUUUAAGAGAGUUAUUUUCGGCACCACUAUUUCGUUUUAAUUAAUAAUUAGUAAAGUAUUAUAAGAAUAAAAACCCAUCAUAUCAGUAAAGCUGCCUCUCUAGGAUGCCGUGUCUCAAUCAGAGUUAUAAUGACGCACUUUACUUUUAAAUUCGCUUUAAGUGCAAUGCAAGUUUGUUUCCUACAAUGGACUAAAGGUGAAUCAUCUGCAAAAAUCUGAAUAAACUCUGGCAGUAACAGGCCACUACUCUCGUUCACUAAGACCAACUUUUGUUAGCCGCGUUGUAUUAAACUCAUAUUUAAAUUUGCAGCUCGAAUCCCUGACUACUUUGAAUUGAAACCAGCCAAUCCGAUCAUAGUGCCGAAAGGUGGAAGUACAAUUGUCACAUGCGAAUCAGAAGGAGUGUCAGAGAUUCAGCUUCAGUGGAAGAAAGGAGAUGUCAGUAAUGGUAACGCGUCAAUCCAGGACAGAAUGGUUAGUAUUGUGAAAGACUGGUCCACCAACCGAGUGCAAGCUAUCCUCAGGAUUAUGAACGCUCAAAUGGAGGACAGUGGAGUCUACCAGUGUGUGCUAAGGGCAUUUGAAAAGACGAGCAUGAAAUCUGUUGAGAUCACGGUUAGCCACAACUAA